AUGUUACAAGAAUAUGUUUAAAAGAAUCCUUUCUUUUCAGAAAAAGACUGCCAAGGCCAUCUUUAGAAUAAUUAAAAUAGUUGCCUAUCUUCAUUCUAAGAAAAUCAUGCAUAGAGACAUAAACUAGAAAAUUUUAUCUUUAAAUAAUUAGAAAAUUUAGAGGGUUUAUGUUUAACAGAUUUCAAAUUAGCUGAAUUCUUUGAUGAUGAAGGAAACUACUAAUAUAAAAGAUAUGGAACCUUUGGAUGUGUUGCUCCUGAAUUAAAAUGA